AAGAUGCUCUGCACAAGUCAGGAGCUUCACUUCAGCACACACACAAACACACACACACAAACACACACACUCUCGCACACACAAAGUCAUCCUCCAUCCUCCACCCUCCAGCAGGCCUGUGCAGCUGCAGCCAGCAUGUCUAACUCGGACCGGGUUGUGUUGGCUCUAGGAGGAGCAGGCACAGUGGGCUCUGGGAUAGUUAAAGGUCUGCUGGACAAAGGUUUCAAAGUCGCAGUGAUCGCCAGGGACAGCAGCCGUCUGGAGAGGCUCCAAUCAUUGGUCUCUCCCAGCACAAAGGAUAACCUCACCACUAUAGUGGGGAAUGUGGGGUCUGAGGAGGGAGCAGAGCAGGCAAAGCAGGACCUGCUGAAGGCGGUGGGGAAGGUGACUGACAUCGUCUCCUCUCUGGGCUUCAGUUGGUGGCAGGGAGGACCCCCACACACCCAGUCUCUCAAAGAACUACACUGGGUAAUUGAGACAUUACUUUUCAGCACCUUUGUGUCAUGGAAGUCCUUCUUCCCCCUGGUGAGGGACGACUCCAACUGUACCUACACCUUCAUAACAGGAGGAGCAGGUGAGAAGCUGCUGAUGCCUGGUACUGGCUUUCUGACAGUAGGAGCUGCCAGCACCCUGGCCUUCUGCCAGGUACUACGAGAGGAGUAUCCCGAGGUGCCCUGCAAACUCAACCAGGUGAAAAUCAACACAGGUGUAGCCACUCCAGAGCGCAUGGCACCUGGUUACCUGAACCACCUGGACCUUGGCGAGGCUGUUGCCACCCUUGUGGAAAGACGAAACACGUCCCACACUGUCUUCACCGUCAGCUGCCCUGCAGACUUAAAAACUGUCCUUCUGGAGGGGAACCUUUAGAUUUGGAAACCCCUUGCUCCGGCCCUACCUUGUUGUCACAGGGACACAUCUACACGCCCUCUGCUCCUAUACUCUUACUGAACACAUGUACCCCAUUCAUGCCCAACUUUAUGUAAAUUAUCUGUUGUUUCAACUAAUACCGUAUAUUAAGCUGCCUGUUCUCAGAUUGUUAGCGACUGUUUUCUCUGCAUGUGCUGUUGUCUGUAAAAACAUGCAUACAGGAUUUACAAUACACACCUUCUCAUUGUUGCCUGCUUCUGUACAAAAAUGAUCGCGCAGUUCUGUUCUAUCGUCGGAAGACAUUAUACCCAAUGUAAUGCCACCAAUUUUCCAUGGAUCUGCUAAAUACUGUAUACUUGGUAUAAAACUAGAUCUCUUAAAGGACUACUUUACCCCAAAAUGACCAUUUUUAUAUCAAUUACUCAGCCCGUGUAACCUUGAAUUUGUGAAGAAAACAUAGUUUUUCUGGCAUGCCUCCACAGUGAACGAAGAGUAAAACAACAGAGAAAAGUCUUGAUGAAUUGAAGUAAAUGGGGGCCGCGUUUAACAACAGCAAAACUAUAUCAGAACCUCUGUUUACGAACUCUCACACAACCUGUGCAGCACAAUCCAAAGUCUCAUUUAUCCAGUCAUAUGCUCACUACUUCCCAAACACAUGCGUCUUUGCUAAAACCUCACUAUUUAAAACACUUUGUACAGUGUGAUCACUCAGGUCAAGGCUGAUGAUCAGACCAUACAGUGUGAUCACUCAGGUCAAGGCUGAUGAUCGGACCGUACAGUGUGAUCACUCAGGUCGUGGCUGACGAUCGGACCGUACAGCGUGAUCACUUAGGUCAAGGCUGACGAUCAGACCGUACAGUGUGAUCACUCAGGUCGUGACUGCAGAUCGGACCGUACAGUGUGAGCACAUAAAUUGGGAGCUUUGGCUUCACAUCCCAAACAAUCUACAGUAGGAGUAGGAAGUACACAACAACAUGUCUAAAAGUGUACAGUGUAUGCCCAGCUUAAGUGUAACUGUGUUUACAAGACAACUCCAUGGGGUACCUUUAACAUGUUGGCAUAAAGGCUAAAGUGCAACAUGGUUGAAGAGUGUAGGAACACUUUGUGGCCUGAGAUGAUUAGGACUUUGAGAUACUGGGGAUGUAGCUGAUGGGGAACUUGUACGUUGAGGAUUUGACAUUUUUUGAGUCCUGAGAUGUUGCAGACUUGAAAUGUCUUAAAAAGUUGGAGAUGAUGUGGAGUGUGCAUUCUUUAAGGACCUGACAUGUCAGGAAAACAGACAUUUGCAACCUUCUGUAUUGGGGACAUUGAAAUGUUAGGGAAAUGAUGAAUUCAUUUCACAUCCUGUUACCUUUUACGGUUGCAGUAUGCUUGAAACGAACACAUUUGCUCGAUGGCGUCGUCCAAUUUGCUUACACCUGAUCUGAAGGUCACACUCAAUGGCAGAGCAAAAAAAAAAGCCUGCCAUCAUAGCCUCCACUGGCUGCAUCCCACUGCCUCCCCAGUCUCUCUCCAAGAACUCUGUGGCUUCAGCGAAUCUGUCUGAACUCUAUAAAUUGGGUUGUCUCACAGUCUCUCCUUGAAGACAUUCAUGGUGCUGCAAAAAAGGUUACACUUUGUUGAAGAGUGGGGGUUUCAGAUACUCUCAGACGAGCACUUCCUUUAACUGACCCCUCACGGAUGGAGACCAUGGCUCUGAAUAGUGAGAAUCGUUGUCAUGGCAUGACUCAUUACGGAUAUAAAGGUAACACAGCAUGUUCACUGCUCAUUUUAGCCUCUUUGUAGAGCUUUCACAUACAGUGUUUUCACAUUCAAAUACCAAUAAAAAAGAUAUGUGCCA